UUCACAGCUGACCACGCGGCGCGGAUACGCUACGCCCAUCACAGGGAUGGGCCGAUGGAGUCGCUCGCCAGGUCCCCGGCCCGGCUUACGCCUCACCGCCGCAAAGCCGCGACGGAGCGGGUCUCGUCGCAGUCGAGGCGGACGUCGAGCCAGGUCCCCGCGGUCGCCGAGCCGCCGCCGAAGCCCACGCCGAGGCACCUCGCGACGGAGAGCGGACGCAUCGCCGCGCGAAGCCUCCGAGAAUGGCCACCGACGCCACCGCCGUCGUAUUCGCAAGAUGACUCCCAGCCCAAGCGAUGCGAAGCCGGGACGGAGGAGCCCUAGAAGCUCACCGCCAGCAACGAGGACGCACCGAAGUCCGUCCUCAACCGAAAGACGUCGCCUGGAAGCGCCGGGGGCGGUCAAGAGCGCCUCCCCGGUGCCGUUGGCCACGCUGCCGAAGGCCAAGGCGGCUCCGAGGUCCACUGCCUCACCACAGGCGCAGGCUGAGGAUGGGGAACCGCCCAAGCGAAAGAAAAGGAGGAGAAAAGACAAGAUCAACGACGAGGAUGCGCCUGGAGUAAUGCCCAAGGCGGCAGCUGCACCUAAAGAGGUGGGCGACCCAGCUGGUGACGAUCCAGGUGCGUUACCAGAGGAGCCUCCUGUUGGCGUCCAGGAGGCCAGGCCCAAGCGGCGGACGCGCAAAGCGCCGCGCCCGGCAGGCGAGGCGUCCGAAGCCAAAGUGGAGGAGCCUGCGCCAGAGGCUGCGGCGGAGAAGGAGGGAGCCCCGCCGCCAGAGGGAAAGGAAGGCAAGAAACGUCGAAAGCGUCGCGUGGUGGUCGAUGCCAAGGAGGAGGAGGGUGGCGAGGCAAAACCGGAAGGCGAGAUGCGAGUGGAUGACCAGGCGGUGUUGAUUGCAGCGGUGGAAGAGCUGGCUCCCGGUCAAGCAGAGGCGAAUGCAGCCGAAGCACCUAAGACCAAGCGGCGCCGGAAGCGAAAGAUCGCCGCUGCUGAGAUGCAACCUCUUGUGGAACAGCUGACAGGCGAUGGUGCCACAGCGGACGGCUCGGAGGUGAACGAGCGCUAUAGUGCCCUGAUUCGGGGCGUCUAUCAGCGCCACAACCCGGCCAAGCUCAACGAGGUGGAAUCGCUCCUGAUCAAGUACCAGGGUAUGGAGGCAGAGUUGUAUCACCGCGUUUGCGAGAAAUACCAAGAGACACCGCAGGAGCCGACGGAGCCGGGCGGCAGCCAUGCGGCACACGCGGCGCAGGCACCUGCACCACCCAGUCGUGUGGCCGCUGGCGAGGCGUGGCCUUUCGAAGAAAACGAGGUGUCCAUGAACUCCGAAUCCUCGUCCUCAUCGCAGGCCGGAGACGACGCGCCGAAGAUUGUGAUUCCACCAGUGUCAGGCAUCUUCGAUGCGGUGGAGACGAAAGGGCCGGAGAACAGUCCCAGCUCGCCCUCGGGGUCCUCUAGGCGCUCGCCGCCGCCAGAUGACUUGAUGCAGAGGUUUACCUCUUUGGCGGAGCCGAAGCCAGGCGGAGACGUUGAGCCUCGCCAGGAGCUGCCUGCCUGGGCUCAGCCUCCGGAUCGCCCGCCGCCACAUGCGACACCCAAUGGGCGGCAGGUUGAAGGACUUGCCCAAGCUGCAGAACCAGUUGUGCUGCCAACGCUACUCGUGCCAGGAGACAUGGUUAGGAAACCAUUGUCUAUCGCCGAGAAAAACGUUCGGAAAGCACGCAAAAAAUUGCGUGAAGUGAAGAAACUGGAGGAUGCUGCGAUUCCGUCCUGGGCCUUGCCACAAGACGCUCCUCCGGGCGAUUGGGGGCGUCCAUCUCCGAGCUACGCGAGCUACGGGAGGAUGGGUGGAGCACCCCCAGGCCCACCAGGCUGGGGCGGCAAAGGCUGGGGAUAUCCUGGCUAUCCGGCUCUACCUGCACCGCAGGCCCAAAGAUCGUGGGCUGACAGCAUUGGUAGCGCUUGGGCUCAAUGACCAUGCCGCGGCUAAAA